AUGGAUGGAUUAAAGAGAAUCAAAGAAAUUUUUCGGCAAGAAGUAAUAAAAACUGAGGCAAUUAAUACUAAAGGAAGAAGGGUAUUGUCAGUAAUGAAAACUAAAAUUUCUGAUUUAUCAAAAAAUAAAAAACCAAGAAAGAAUACUGUGCCAAAAAAUAAUGGGAAUCAAUCAUCUGGUGUAUUGCCAAUUCAAUCUAACGAACAAGUUCUUCAGUCAGUUAAAGGUAAUUUAAAAAGAGCGAGUAUUGAAUUAGACAAUCAAAAUGAGCCUCAACCAAAACGCCAAAGAAUUAGAAUUAUAACAACUGAAGAAGAAAAACAAAUCUUAAGUUGCUUGUUACAAAAGGAAAUAAUAUCCACAGAAACUGAAAUUAAUGAAGUCUUAAGUAAACUAUCACAAGAAUGGAAUAUAAAGCGUGUUAAAAGGUAUUGGAAUAAUAAUAUUAGGCAUAAAAAGAAAAGUAAAUAG